AUGAUUACCAGAGAUAUCCAGCCUGUAAGUAUUGUCGAUGACAUAGGAUUUCUAAAUCUACUAAGGGAAGCUAAGCCACGUUAUGUAGUUCCUUGUAGAUCUAAAAUAUCAAGGUGCAUUGAUGAUUUGUAUGUCUCUAAUAAAAGAAGAGUUCAAGGUCUAAUAGCAGAUGUAGAUUUCCUGUGUUAUACAACAGAUAUGUGGACUUUACAGUGUGGGGAAUCCUACCGUUCACUUACCUGUCACUUUAUAGCACCUAACUAUGAGAUGCACUUCCAGAAUCUACAGACAGGCCAUUUUCCCAGAACCCAUGAAUCCUCUCACAUAGCUGAAGCCCUUCUAUCAGCUGCUAAGGAGUGGUGCAUAAACAUUCCCAAACAGAUCGUCACAUUUACAACUGAUAGUGGGUUCAAUAUUGUAAAGGAUCUCGAUGACAUGACUAUACCACGUCUAUCAUGUGCUGGACAUACUUUAAAUUUAGCUGUAUAA